UGUUUAUUUCGUUUUUAGAACGUUGAGCAAUCAGAUCUUAUCAGCCAUGUAUAGGAAAUUAGUGGCGCUUCUAUUCCUCCUCCUCUUGAUUCACUUGGCAGCUGCGGGUCAGAUUCAGGAUGCUGCCGAGGAGAUCGAUGUGCCGCCUGCCCAUCGAGCUGCACCACCGCCUCAGGCAGCUGGAGCUGCUGCACCACCACAGCCUCAGCCACUGGGACCACCACCACCUGUGGGCUCUGCACCGCCGCUGAACUAUCCUUUGUUCUACCCAGCUGCGUGGCUGCCAUUCGGACGCUUCAGCGCCUCCAUUCCCGUCCAGAUAGUGGCUGUUUAGGGGCUCGUCCUUCCACUCCUCACAAAGUGGUCAAAGGACACUGUUGUCCUUCCUGUUGAAUUGUUUUACCUGUUACUGUUACCCACUUUGUUAUUGGCUACCUUCAAUGAAAUAUAUUUUUAGACACAUGA